UCGUGUUCAUCAAUCGGAGCUCACGGCCUACCCAUGCUCUUGACACAACUUCAUCACCGUCUAUUAAUUGAUUCCCCGCUCGUCUGAAUAGCAAAGGCCAUGCCCUUCCCUAGAGCAUUCAGCGGCAGUUUGCCCCGCGCUGCCGCCGCCGGGCGCCGCACCACGGCCCCACCCGGCGGCCGGCCCGUGCUGUCACCGGCGACGGCGGCGCCGACUGGGCCGCAUCCUCACCAGGCUCAGCAGGUCCGCGGCGUAAAGGACGACCUCGGCGGGCCGGGCGGACAGCAGCCCCCGCCGCAGAAGCCCAGCGGGACCGAUGCGCUUCGCAGGAACUGGGUCCCCUUCGGAGGCGCCGCCCUCCUCCUCCUCGGCGCCUACGCCUACCUCACCGGCGGCGGCCCCACCGACAAGCCCUCCGGCAUGCCCGCCCUGCCGCCCGAGACGGAGACGGCCGUGGGCGUCGGCGGCGUCGGCGGCGUCGGCAGGGAGGUCAGCCCCGCCGCGGUGGAGGAGGCCGCCGGCAGGCUGGCCAAGAGGCUCGAGGACAAGGAGUCGGCGACGCUGGCGCGGCUGAGCGGCCGCAGGAAGUCUGAGUUUGGGUCUUUUCGGUCUGAGUGAGUGAGUGAGUGAGUGCGUGAGGGGGGCGGGGUGGUGGUGGUGGUGAUGGUAAUGGUUGGGAAAAGGGUAUAAGUGAGGGUGGAAAGGAAACGAAAGCAGAGAAGGAGGACGAGGGACGAGGACAAGGAAGGUUUGAUGUGAAAGAAAAGAAACUGGUCGCAUCUUUGGGCGUUUUUUCCAUAUCAGCCUCGGUCGCUGACUGCUUUUGCUCUUUGUACAUGACGUCUGGUGGUGACGGUCGUUAACACGACGGCUAUCCUGCAGACAAGCAAAGGGCGUCUUGAUCUUGUGACCGACAGUGACCCG